UGACAGCCGCCGUCCUCGUUCAAGAUGCCGGAACAAAGUAACGAUUACCGCGUGGUGGUCUUCGGGGCUGGGGGCGUGGGGAAGAGCUCCCUGGUCUUGCGCUUCGUCAAGGGCACGUUCCGCGACACGUACAUCCCGACGAUCGAGGACACCUACCGGCAGGUCAUCAGCUGCGACAAGAGUGUCUGCACCCUGCAGAUCACCGACACCACGGGGAGCCACCAGUUCCCGGCCAUGCAGCGCCUCUCCAUCUCCAAGGGCCAUGCCUUCAUCCUGGUCUUCUCCAUCACCAGCAAGCAGUCCCUGGAGGAGCUGAAGCCCAUCUACCAGCAGAUUGUGCAGAUCAAAGGCAGCGUGGACAGCAUCCCCAUCAUGCUGGUGGGGAACAAGUGCGACGAGACGCAGCGCGAGGUGGAGGCCAAGGAGGGCGAGGCCGUGGCCAAGGACUGGAAGUGCGCCUUCAUGGAGACGUCGGCCAAGAUGAACUACAACGUCAAGGAGCUCUUCCAGGAGCUGCUCAACCUGGAGAAGAGGAGGAACAUGAGCCUCAACAUCGACGGCAAAAGGUCCAACAAGCAGAAGAGGACAGACAAAAUCAAGGGGAAGUGCAGUCUCAUGUGAAG